AUGGCCGGCAACAACAACAACACCAACCAAACUCCUGAUCCCUUCCAUCUCGAUCCUCUCAUUCACGGUACCACUGCUGAAGGACAGAAUCGACACCGACGAGAGGGACAACAACCCCCUGCUGACGGGCAAGGGAGACCAAGGCAUGAAAUCCCCCAACCCGGCAGGAACGAGCAAGCUCAAAAUAACAGGGGCGAGCAAGCUCAAAACAACAGGAAUGAGCAGCCUCAAGUCCAUAACAGGCCAGAGCAAGCUCGAAACCAGAACAACGAAGCUGACUCCAAGGACGGGCAACCAGCCUCUUCCUUCACUCACACCUCCCAGAGGCAGAGAACCCAGUAUGAGGACGACCAAGAGGAAGUCGAUGCCCCCGAGGACACUGAGUCCACAACUGUCCUUUUGCUCGCGGAGAUCAAGAAGACCAACCGUCUCAUCCAACAACAAAGUGAGCAGAUCGACAGGCUGGAAAGGAAGCGACGAUCACGAUCUCCCCCGCGGAGACGCCACCGAUCGCGUUCCCCCUCCUCCUCUCGCUCCCCGCCGAAGAGACAUCGCCGCCGAUCACCUUCGUUCUCGCGCUCCCCGCCCAGAAGGUACCGUCGCCGAAGAUCCUACUCUCGCUCUCCUCCGCGAAAGAGCAGGAAGAACCAGAAGCCUGAGGUGGAAGAAACCGGAAGCCUUUCUCCCGAACAAGAUCACCAGGGCCCCACCAAGACCGUGGCGAAGACCCGCGAGCGUUCUCCUCCCGAGGACAAUCGCAAAACCUCUGGAAAAUCACAAGAAAAACCUCGGCGAAAACAUAGCAACCAUGGAAGACACUCAACCUCCCCCGGACCAAGUGACGAGGAAGAGUUUCGCAGCCCACUACCGGAAGAGAUCCGACGAGCCCGCCUGCCCCGGGGAAUGGAAAACCCCCUACCCUGGAUCUCUACGACGGGACCACCGAUCCGGACGACCAUAUCCGGAGCAUCGAAGCCGUCAUGGAUUAUCACGUGGUCCGAGGAUCCAUCAAAUGUCGGAUCUUCCCGACCACGCUCAGAAAGGGAGCAAUGA